GUCUCUGACUCUCACUUCUGUGUAUUAAUUCUCUGUUCUAGAGUUUGCAUCGUUCAUACCCAUGUCUGGACCAUUAAUCACCGCAGUCAAGCACGCGCCUCGCACGGGCGUUUACCUCAAAGGUUUGGCAUCCCUGAAGACAGAGGAAUUCCUGAACAGUGGAAACUUCAGCCACAACUCAACAGCAGCGAUAAUGAACGCUCGUGUACUGUCGUGCCUGCUCUGUCUGUCCGCCGCCCGGGCGUGCCUCGUGGACAAGAACAACACACUGACCCCGAAGGAGCUGGUGUCCAAACUGGACAUUAUUGUGUACGGGAAGGUGACAGAGUUCACACAGAGUAAGUUGACGGACGCCUCCUUCCAAGUGUACUGUAUCAUUAAAGGAAAUACGACGAUCCUUCAGAACAUCACCAUCGAGGCCGUGAGUCCGAGGUCCUCCUGCUCGGGGACCUACGUCUACUGGCUCAACGUGACGUCAAACUUCGAGAAGGCGGGCGCCGUCAUGAUCCUGGGCCUCCAGGAGACAGACACCCCGGGGGUCUACACCUUCCACGAGGUCAGUGACCUUCAGUCCUCGGCCUUCAGCGACAACAAACAGUCGUGGGACUUAAUGGACAGUGUCAUCAAGUCGGAAAAAUUCACCCCCAUUGACGUUGUGGAGGAGAAAGGGUGCCCCGUGAACGGUGGUCAGACAAAUGGACCAAAGCUUGAGUCUCAGAGAGAGAAUCGGGGCGUACAGCACAGCAUAGACAGCCUAGCAGCCGCCGCGGGGGCGGUCCUGUUUCUGUGGGGUCAAUCUCUGUGACGGACCGUCUGUGUGUAAUCUGUGAACACAUUUCUGUGAACAUUGAAUCGGUGGCGGAUCAUUUGAUGGAUUCAGACGUUAUUGUUUAUUGUGGUAUUAUUACAAGUGAAGAGUUAUGUAACUUCCAUGGUGUGAGAAUGUUGAGUAUUUACAUUAUGAAUCACUACAUGUAUAAAAUUCAUAUCUAGGUUGAGAUAACUCGAAGUACUUGAUGAACGCGAGCAUUGUAUUAUAUACUUAAGUUACAAGGAGACAUUGAUGGUUUUAUACGAUCUCGUGUGAAUUGUUAAACUUAGAGAAAUUUAUGCAUAUGAGUCAAACAUAUUUUAGCAUGUCAAAUUCUAUUCCAUAUUCAUUUUAUUUUCGCUAAUUUUUUUUUAACAAGCUAUAAUGCAGCAUCUUUUACACAAAUGAUAAACCUCAAAUAUUUAACUGUAUAAAGUCAAUAAAAAUGUUAUUAGUUUG